AUGGCAUCCACCGCCCCAGACAGCGGCGCCACCCCCGUCAAGCGCGGCCGCGGCCGCCCUCCCAAGCCGGAGCACGAGAAGAAGCCGAAGCCGGUGCCUAGCGGGCGUGGGAGGGGAAGGCCCAAGGGGAGUGGUGGUGGUGUGAAGAAGAGUGCUGCGGCGACGCCGAAGAAGACGGAGACGACGGCUAGGGCGAAGGCUAUGAAGGCGAAUGCUGAUAAGGUGGAGGCUGAGGCUGAGGCGGCAAAGGUUAAGGCUGGUAAUGCUGGGGGUACAGGGAAGAAGAGAGGGCGGCCGUCGGGAGGAGCGGCUACGGUUAAGAAGACGGAGAGUGUUAAGAGGGGGGGGCCGAAGGGUAGGGGGAAGAAGAAGGAGGUUGGUGAGGAGGCGGAGGAGGAGGAGGAGGCGGGGGGGGGUGAGGGAGGGGAGGGGGAGGGCGAGGAGAGUUCUUAG